GCGCUGGACCUGGACCACAGCGGCAAGGUCUCCAAGUCCCAGCUCAAGGUCCUUUCCCAUAACCUGUGCACAGUGCUGAAGGUUCCACAUGACCCUGUUGCCCUUGAAGAGCACUUCAGGGAUGAUGAUGAGGGACCCGUCUCCAAUCAGGGCUACAUGCCAUAUUUAAACAAGUUCAUUUUGGAAAAGGUCCAAGACAACUUUGACAAGGUUGAAUUCAAUAGGAUGUGUUGGACCCUCUGUGUCAAAAAAAACCUCACAAAGAGUCCCCUGCUCAUUACGGAAGAAGAUGCAUUUAAAGUAUGGGUUCUUUUCAACUUUUUAUCUGAGGACAAGUAUCCAUUAAUUAUUGUGCCAGAAGAGAUUGAAUAUCUGCUUAAGAAACUUACAGAAGCUAUGGGAGGAGGUUGGCAGCAAGAACAAUUUGAACAUUAUAAAAUCAGCUUUGAUGACAGCAAAGAUGGCCUUUCUGUGUGGGAACUUAUUGAGCUUAUUGGAAAUGGGCAGUUCAGCAAAGGCAUGGAUCGGCAGACUGUGUCUAUGGCAAUUAAUGAAGUCUUUAAUGAGCUUAUAUUAGAUGUGUUGAAACAGGGUUACAUGAUGAAAAAAGGCCACAGACGGAAAAACUGGACUGAACGCUGGUUUGUACUAAAACCCAACAUAAUUUCUUACUAUGUGAGUGAGGAUCUGAAAGAUAAGAAAGGAGACAUUCUCUUGGAUGAAAACUGCUGUGUAGAGUCCUUGCCUGACAAAGAUGGAAAGAAAUGCCUUUUUCUCAUAAAAUGUUUAGAUAAGACCUUUGAAAUCAGUGCUUCAGAUAAGAAGAAGAAACAGGAGUGGAUUCAGGCCAUUCAUUCUACUAUUCACCUGUUGAAGCUGGGCAGCCCUCCACCACACAAAGAAGCCCGCCAGCAUCGGAAAGACCUCCGGAAGAAGUUGCUGGCUGAGCAGGAGGAGUUGGAGCGACAGAUGAAGGAGCUCCAAGCCGCCAACGAAAAUAAGCAGCAGGAGCUGGAGACCGUGAGGAAGAAACUAGAAGAAGCAGCGUCUCGUGCAGCAGAAGAGGAAAAGAAACGCCUUCAGACUCAAAUGGAACUGCAGGCCCGGUUCAGCACAGAGCUGGAAAGAGAGAAGCUUAUCAGACUGCAGAUGGAAGAACAGGUUGCCCAAAAGUCCUCCGAACUGGAACAGUAUUUGCAGCGAGUGCGUGAGAUGGAAGAUAUGUACCUAAAGCUGCAGGAGGCUCUUGAGGAUGAGAGACAGGCCCGGCAAGAUGAAGAGACAGUGCGGAAGCUUCAGGCCAGGUUGUUGGAGGAAGAAUCUGCCAAGAGGGCCGAACUGGAGAAGUGGCACCAGGAGCAGCAGCAGGCCAUUCAGACAACCGAGGCGGAGAAGCAGGAGCUGGAGAAUCAGCGCAUCCUGAAGGAGCGGGCCCUUCAGGAGGCGAUGGAGCAGCUGGAACAGCUGGAGUUAGAGCGGAAGCAAGCCCUUGAGCAGUAUGAGGGAGUUAAAAAGAAGCUGGAGUUGGCAACUAGUAAAACCAAGAGCUGGAAGGACAAAGUAGCUCAUCACGAAGGUUUAAUUCGAUUGAUAGAACCAGGUUCAAAGAACCCUCGCCUGAUCACUCACUGGGGCCCUGCAGCUUUCACCGAGGCAGAACUUGAAGAAAGGGAGAAGAACUGGAAGGGGAAGAAGACCACGGAGUGACUGAGUACUGUGGAGGCUUGUCAGUCAUGUGGAUGCCGCCUGGCAGGGAGCUUUAUACUAAGGACAAAAGAUAUGGGCUUUGCUGCUUCUAACUUUUCUUCAGUGCCUCUAAUUGUGUCAAUAUCCUAAGAAAGCCGCCUUAUUUAUCUUCUUGCAAGUAAGGGCUACCUGAAAAGCAAAA